GCAAUAGUAGGAAUCGUAUUUUCGACAGGCAGCACAAUCAUGAAGCGGGAUGGUGGCAGCCGGUGGCUCUGUUGUGUCUUUGUCUGGCCCUGGUUUCUGUCGUUAGCCGAAGACUAGUUUAUUACGAGAAAAACAUGCGUUGUGAGAGGAGACGCGCGAGUCGUGUGAUCGUGCAAGCGUUAAUGUGUUAAUAUUAAUUAUAUCCGUGUAUUUUCUUGAAGGAGGAGCGGGAUACAUGACAGACAAACAAUCCUUUCAGGACAUGUGAAGACAAAUCAGGAACCAGACGUGGUUUAUGAGGAGAAAAGUUUGUUCUGCUGUUCCUGCUGACUUGUGUUCUAAAGCUUUACACAUCAUUUCAUCACAAUGAUCACUGUAUGAAGAUAUUUGCGGCUAUGGCCAGUGAACCACUCGAAGGGUUCCAUGAGGUGAACCUGGCGUCACCCACCACCCCAGAUCUUCAUGGUGUUAUAGACCCGAGCCCACCAAAGCACAACGCUCCCCCCAGCACACUGUAUCGCACACACUCCUUGACUUCUAGCCAGAACGCACCCAAUGCUCUCAGAGCCGACCAGCUGCCCACCCAGCCCGUGUACUCGACCCCCUGUCACCUCGGCACAGAGGACACCCUCAAUGGCAGUGGAAAUGAUCCUGCAGUGGAUACAGUGGAGGGCAACGUUCCGUCCGCUGAUGGAGAGGAUGUUCUGGGCCUGAGCACAGACAGUCUGUCCCGUCUCAGAAGUCCAUCAGUUAUGGAAGUCCGAGAGAAAGGCUACGAGAAGCUAAAGGAGGAGCUCGCCAAAGCACAACGGGAGCUUAAGUUAAAAGACGAGGAGUGUGAGAGGCUUUCUAAAGUGAGAGACCAGCUGGGGCAGGAGCUGGAGGAACUCACUGCUAGCCUUUUUGAGGAGGCUCAUAAGAUGGUGCACGAAGCAAACCUGAAGCAAGCCACUGCUGAAAAACAACUGAAGGAGGCACUGGGAAAGAUUGAUGUUCUGCAGGCCGAAGUGGCUGCUUUGAAGACUCUGGUCCUGUCAACCUCUCCUACAUCCCCCUGUAAAGAAAUGCCCCCCGGACCCAAAGCCCCCUUUAAGAAAGGCCACGGUCGAAACAAGAGUACGAGUAGCGCCAUGUUGGGCAGCCAACAAGAGGUUGCAGUGACGCAGCCCUUUGUACGUGAGUGUAAAGAGGUGGAUUCACUGCUCUUCAACGAGUUCAAAGUCUGGAAAGAGGAGCCGACCCUGGAGAGAAGCUGCUCCUUCCUCGAGCGCAUUUACAGAGAAGACAUCUACCCAUGUCUGACCUUUUCUAAGAGUGAGCUCGGAUCGGCGAUCCUGGAGGCGGUGGAACAGAACACACUGAGCGUGGAGCCGGUGGGAUUCCAGCCGCUGCCGGUGGUCAAAGCGUCUGCUGUUGAGUGUGGAGGACCCAAGAAAUGUGCCCUAUGUGGUCAAACCAAAACCUGCAAGCACAGAAUCAAGUUUGGCGACUCCAGCAACUAUUAUUAUGUAUCUCCGUUUUGCCGUUAUCGGAUCACGUCUGUCUGCAACUUCUUCACCUACAUUCGUUACAUCCUCCAAGGAUUAGUCAAACAACAAGAUGCAGAGCAGAUGUUCUGGGAGGUCAUACAGCUACGCAAGGAGAUGUCCAACGCCAAGCUGGGGUACUACAAAGAUGAACUGUGAACAGAGCCAUUACCGUCAUGGGAACGCCAUCGUCUUAAACCGGCCGCUCCUUGACAUGAUGGAGUUUACCAGUCCUGUCAGAGUGGCUUCCCAGGGACCACCACACCUCAUUAUAUUUAUUGAAACAGAAGGAGAAGAUGACACUAAAGCAUGAACUGUAGCUGGAGGUUGUGUUCUCUCUGAAGAAUCUGUUCAGUGAAGGAUGAAUCACACUCAAAUAAACGCGUCUCAACCUCUCUUAGAUUGAUAUGUUCAGUGCUGUAGCUAGCUGUGUGCUGUUGUGCUGUUGUGUUUCUAUAUCUGGAAUGUUGUGUGUAUCCUCUCGGACCACUAUAUGUAUUUCCUCAUGAGACUCAUCUAGCCUCCCUCAUUUUGAUUUUAGUGCCUUUCUGGAAGCCUGAAUAAAGUUGUGCACCUCCGGAGGAGAAUUAAUGCUGGUGUUUGUCCUCAUGAAGCGGUGACCUCUCAGAGCCACAGCAUGUGAAAAUACAUGGAAGACUUUCUCUGCUGUAAAGGGCCGUUCACACCAAGGAUGAUUAAUAUAAUGAUAACUGUAACUAUAAAAAUGUGAUAAUCAUUCCAAUUCUGA